AUGGAAAAAAGUUAUUGUAAAAUAGAAAAACCAUUAAUACUUCUUCGAAGACCUUUACCUCCAAAACUCCCUAAAUUGUCUACAUAUAAGAAGAAAAUCACUACAGCCAAGACUGGUAAAACUAAGCUACUCAAUGUACCAGUUACUGAAGAUAAAGUCAUUCCAAAACGAAUAGGUAGAACUAGGCUUCUUGAAGUUUCAGAAAAACAUCCACAAUUACAAGUCAGUAUCCGAAAUAUCUGUCUUGAUUUUCAGAUACCAGGAAGACGAACUGUGAUCCCCAAAUCUGUUAUCCGUACCUAUUGGCACUUACCAGAGACUGCUCCUCCUCCCAUAUUUUUCCCACGAUGUCAGUCAGCUUCUAAGCGAGUUUUUGGGGAAAAGUUGAAAAAACAACUCAAGAAGAUUCCGGUUGGUCAAAUAAGAGACUCUUCAGAUAUUCCCUCAAAGUUUUCCCAACCUUUCAGUGGUCGUUACUUGGUUAUCACUACCCGGUUAAAGGAAAGUUCUCCUCAGCUUGAAAUUUUGCCAAAGAUUACAGACUCUGAGCUUCCUUCUACUCUGAAAGCGUCAACUGAAGUAUUAGUAAGCUCUGCAUCCAGCAGUGUAUCUAUUAAACCAGAGAAGACUGUAUCUUGGAAAGCUGAUGUUAAGCAAAUCGUCAAUAAAGUGGUACUAGGCGAUGUUAAGCAAAUCGUCAAUAAAGUGGUACUAGGCUCAGCUAAGUUUGUAGGAAUGAAAAGCUUACCAAUACCAGUGAUCCCAAGAAAACCUCGAAGACAAUCUGAAAUAGAGGCUCUCGUAGAAAGUGGGAAGGCAGAGACUGUCCAAAAAUCAACACAGGAAGGAUUGAUUAGAACCACUGGAACCAUCAGAACCAUAAAGCCAGAUAGCCAUGUUUUACGUGGCGAAGGUUUUAAGUCAGUUGCAGCCACACGCUAUGAAACUAUCAUGGCCAUUGUCGAACUGGCAAUCGUGACCUGCCAAGUACAUGGAAGAAAUGCACUUAAUCUCAAGGGAUUUUCUCUCCGGUAUUGUCCAGACCUCUCACCAAUUGCUUUACAAUUGGUAUAUCUUAACCUAGCAUUUAAUGAUCUCACCCAAUUUCCUCAUGAAAUACUUUCUCUUAAAAAUUUACAAGUACUGAUACUGAGAAAUAAUCCUAUCAAAGAAAUUCCUUCUGAAAUUUACCACCUUAAGUACCUUAGAGUAUUUGCCAUUGGAUUCAAUUUGAUUUAUGAUCUUCCAAGUGGGUUAUUUUCCCUUCCCAGUCUUGAGGAACUUGAUGUUUCCUACAAUGAAUUUACUGCCAUUCCAAAUGAAAUCCAGAAUCUCAGCUCUCUUGACAAACUGAAUGUAGAUGGGAAUGAGUUGACUGCUUUCCCGUCUGGAAUUCUGGACCUUAACCUGACAAAACUCCAAUAUGAGAAUACAUACACUCAUCCUGCUUUUUGGGAACAGAAUUCCAGAAAUAGUCCCCUAAGACUUACUGAUACCUGUGCUUUUUAUAUUCUCAGAAAUAACCUCUGUAUGUUUCAUGAUGAAAUUUCAGCAGAAGUUCAAAGUUUACUUGAAAGCACAUCCACGUGCGACUGGUGUCAAGGCCCCAGAUUUGGAGGUUUUCGCAUCAUCCGAUCCACUGAUAUUUUUGGAGCCACACAGCUUCCUAUUUUGUUUCUGGUCUGUUCUACUUCCUGCCUUGAGAAAAUGAGGGAAACUAAUUUUAUUUACACACGUCUUACAAAUAAAAUAAUAACUCUAAAUGUGGACUGGACAGAUGAAGAAGAAUACAGUUGA